ACCGCAGAAAGUCGAAACGAAGAGGAUGACGAGGAACCAGGAGAGGAGACAUUUGAAGAUGCUGACGAAGAUGAAGACUCUACGGAGAGCCCGGCUGAGGAGGAAAGCACAACGGAAAAGAAUGGGGAAGAUUCAACGGAAAAUCCGUCCGGGAAAGCUUCUGAAGCGCCAAAAGAGAUACCCAAGGAAAAAGCUACGAAAAGUGCAAAAGAUGCUCAUUGCCCUUCUCAAGACGAGAUGACAGAUGAAGUUAGACAAAUGUUCCUUGACAAACACAACAAAUUCCGCUCCAUUGUUGCGAAAGGAGAAGCUAAAGACGCGAUCGGAGGAAAUGCCCCAAAAGCUGCAAAACUGCCCAAACUAACCUACGAUUGCGAUGUUGAGUCAAAAGCGAUGGAAUGGAUAAAAAAGUGUGAGUACGAAUCCUCUCAUUUGAACAAGUCGCUGGAUCUAGGCGAAAACUUAUUCAUGACAACAAGGACUAAUGACAAGGUGGUCGCUGCGGAUCAGGUAAAGCAACAAUAUGGAUGUAUCGUUCGGCAAGCGAACAACAAUUAUAUUCAGAGUACCAACAGCUGGUUUAGCUCAUUGGCAAUCGCCGGUGUAGGAAAGGAA